AUGUCAUCUGAUCCACUGAAAAAGAAGAUAUCCUCCUUAAUUAUAGAGGACCGGGAGACUGAUGUUGUCUGUGCAUCAUUUGAUGACAGAAAUUUAGUUGUGGUCACACAGUACAAAAAACUUGGUACUAUUUUAAGCGUAACCACACAGUCUUUGGUGGAUUUUACAAAAGGUUCAGUUACUUUUGAUGUUAAAAUGUUGAUGGGUAAAGAUGACCCCAUACUGCAUGCUUAUGCCAAAGCAAUUGGGACUGUGGUUCAUGAUUUAAUGAAAGAAAAUAAAAAUUCAAUUUCAUCGGGCAAGCCAUUGCUAUGUACACUUGCUAUUUCCAAUCCAACUCCAACCAACCUUGCAGAGAUAUGUAAUGUUAUAAAACAAUGUAACGUGUUCUAA